CCCAUUUACGAGAAUUUUCACAUUCCUUAAGCCACUUAGCUCCCUUUCGUCCUCUCCUGCGCCAAUCUCCGGCGCCACCGGCCUCUCCUCCGACCAGUUCCCACAGUUAGAUGAAUCUGAUUUCAAUGGAAGACGACCACAGGAUUUGAGAUGGACGAGCUGUUGAAGAACAACGUGCUCGCAGCACAUGCUAUUGUUGGUGCUGGAUCAGUGACUUUGGCCAGUCUUCUCACUUACCCUCUUGAUACUCUCAAAACUCUUGUCCAGGUUGGUUCAGGUUCUGGUAAACAGUUGAGUACAGCUCAGAUUCUAGAUAGGGUUCGGAUCUUGUCUGGAACUUCAGGUUUGUACAAUGGGUUUGGGUGGUCGACAUUGAUGAGAAUUUCUGGUCUGGGAGCUCGCUUUGGAGUUUAUGAAAUUUUGACAGCUUUCCAUAAAGAUGGCCGAGAAGAUAAUUAUGUGUCUGUUCCUGAGGCAUUUACAUCAGGAAUGGUGGCUGGUGCCAUGGAAUCACUCAUAAGUUCUCCAUUUGAAAUUAUUAAGGUUCGUAAGCAAGUAACUUCUGCUUCUCUCAUUCCAAGCUCUAGAUCUGUUGCAGAAAAGAGUGCUGUUGUGCCUUCCAUUGCAAGAUUACUACAUGGUUAUACUCCAGAUCAGAAGGCAUUGAACCAUUCUGUUGGGUUGUUAUCCACCUUGACCAGUAAACAUUCUAAUAUGAUUGGUGCCUUACAAGAGUAUCCAUGGAUGAUGACUGGCUCUGGGAGACCACCCCCUGUUUUUCAUGUUAGGAGGCCAUUGGAUGUCAUUUCUCUAGAGGGAUGGGGUGCCUUGUGGCGGGGCCUCCGAUCAGGAGUAGUUCGGGAUACCAUUUUCGGUGGGGUCUUUUUUUCCCUCUGGCAAUUCCUACACCGGGCAAUGCUUGACUGGAAGGCAGCUGGGAUGGAUCCGUCACCCAGGUCAGACGACGAAAUUGGUCCGUUGUCUCCUUUAGGUGUCAGUCUGGCAGCUGGAUUUUCUGGUUCUGUUGCUGCUGCUGCUUCUCAUUCUUUUGACACUGCCAAAAGUCGAUCACAAUGUAUUGUGUUACCCAAGUACAUCUCCACAGAGAGGAGGCUUCUCAAAUGGAAACGACCAGGGAGGUGGUAUGAGAGAUAUACCGGGAUCCAUCCUUCUGAUAGGAGCCUCCUACAUCGUGGCAUUUGGUUGCGGAUGGGCCGCAGCGGGGUUGCAUCAUUCUUGGUUGUAGGAAGUUAUUUCUUGGCUGUUGAUCAGCUUGCUAGAUGAAUAGAUUGGCUGGGUAGUUAAUUUUUUAGUACAGAACAGUGUACUACUACUAGCCCACCAGUAGAUGAUUUGAAAAAAUCCAUCUCAAUCUCAAAUCAAUAAGGAAAUUCCUUCAUUGUAACCCCUAGUUUUAUGGGGCCUUUUAUCUGUUUGGUUGUACUGAAAGGAACAAGGCAGAGCUUGAAGAAUUGGAAGUCUAACUGCACAUAUUGCUGCAUAAUGGACAUUCUUGUAGGCAAGAAUACGCCUCUAGAAGAAUUGGAAGUCUCUUUAUUUGAAAUCAAUAUAUUUUUCCUCUUUUUUUUU